CUCACAGAUCGAUGGCUCAAUUUUCAUCAAUCUCUUUCUUUUUUAUGAAUUUGAUUGAUGAUUCAAUCAUCGUUAUAGUCAAUCAUGAAGAUCUCGCUAGAUCGGAAUGUUAAUAGUUUGGGUUCACCGAUACCAAAAAAUAGAAAAAGAAAGAAAGAUCUACGAUCUGUUCUGGUAUGGAGAACACCGUAGACGAGGUUUAACAAUGGAAGUCCAAAAGCUGAUUUCGCAAAUGUCGAAAGAUCCAAGGAAUAAGCAGAUCUUUGUUUUAAAAGUGGAAACUAUAAGUGAAAAAGGCGAUUCAAACAAGGAAGCUUUUGGUUCUGAAAAUUUGAUGAAGAUUGAGUUGAAAAAUCUUCAACCAACAUCAACGAACAAGAGGGAAUAUCAUAUUGGCUGUUUGAGGGAACAUACGAAGAUUGAUCUGAAGGAGUUGCCAUCUGGCAAUUGGUUCAGCAGUGUGGACUGUGGAAUACUUUAUUUGGUUCUAGAGAGAUUGUUUUGCGUGGGGAAGAUGUUUCUGAUGAGAACAAAGUGUUGCUUUCACAAGCCGUUGACAUCUUUCAUGGAAGGGGCGGGCAAAUCAUUUGUCUCUGGAUGACACAUGUAACCCCUCGAUUUCGUCCAAUAGAAGUAUAAAUGUAUGUAGAUCCUUCACAAAUAUAUUGGAAAUCAGUCACAAAGUCUGAUAAGUGUAAAUUCAAUUUACAUUUGUUUAGUGAUGCAUUUUGUAGUGGAAACUACAAUAGAAAAUAAGUUUUUUCCCUAGUAAAGCAACUUUUAAAAAUUUC